AUGACGACGACGGCAGUGAAGCGGGCCUGUGACGCCUGCCAUCGUCGCAAGGUCAAAUGCGACGGGAUAACGCCAUGUCGCAAUUGUUCGGCCUCGCAGCUUGCCUGCACCUACAAUGCAGUCCCGCAGAAGAAGGGUCCCAAGGGUUCCAGGGCCAAGGUAAUUAAUGAGCUCAAGGAGACACAGCGCCAAACAAGCCUUUCGGCCAAGUUGCAGGGCGGCAUCAACGGCGCAUCGAACGCUGCGCUCGCUCCGACCCCGAGACUUCUGACCAAGGAGACACUCAACGCGUGCACCGACUUUUUCUUCGCCCACAUGUACCCGACCAUGCCCAUCCUCGAACGCCUUCGCCUCGAGCAGGACGCCAUGUACAUGGAUCGAAACAUCGAUACCUACUGCCUGCUGACGUCGCUCUGCGCUUUUGUCUGUCUUCAGCCGGGCAUGGUGAUGCCAGGCGCCGGAAUGAACGAUCCGUUCAACCCCGAUAUGAUGUUUGGCGGUAACAUCGUCACCAGCACACUGUUGAUGGAGGAGACAAUCCGGGUUCGCAAGGGCAUCGACUAUGUCGCCAACCCGACGGUUAAUACCAUCUGUACGAGCUACUUUCUGUUUGCGGUACACCACGGCUUGGAGAUGCAUGACAAGGCAUGGUUCCAUCUGCGCGAGGCCGCAACCUUGGCGCACAUGGUCAGGAUGGACGAGGAACAGGCGUAUCUGCAGUACGACAGCAACGACAACGUAGAUCCGUUACGGCGGAGACGUUUGUACUGGCUCCUGUUCGUAACCGAACGUGCGUAUGCGUUGCAGCACCGUCGCCCAUUGUCUCUGUCGGCCAGUAUCAAUCUACCACCACCCCAAGAGCACCCGGCCGACCCUUUCCUGCACCAUGGCACCGGCUUCCUGCGAAUGAUCAGUCUCUUCCGUGGUUUCGAUGAAAUCCAUGUCCCGCUGUGGACCAAGACGAGGGGCGAAUGUGCCGAGUCCUACCUCGCCACUCUCGACAAGCAGCUCCAGGAAGUUCUGCCUCCCUAUCUUAACGACACCCAGGCUCAACUGUCCGAAAUACCAUUGAAUCAGCAGUGGCUCAAGCACAAGGCCUGGGGUCUGGGCGUGGCAAACGGCAACGGGAACAACGCCGAUGCUGCGUACGUGGAUUCCAUCCAUGAGCUACUCCCCAUGGUGUCGCAGUUCCCUGGCAACCUGGGCCUGCAUCGUCUUAGCCUCUGUGAACAUUUGUUCACCGUCACAUGUGCCUUGACCGAAGUUCUCGCUAUGCUGCCUGCCCCUCGGACGCCAUUCACGCCUGGACCCCAGGAUCAGCUCCGGAAGAUCCUGAAUAUCGUGACAGUUAUCCGCAACGGUGACCACCGAUUCCUCCCGCUGCUCCUAAGCAAGGUCGCCUUGGCUCUUCCGAAGCUCGUCAGUCCGAUGUUGCAGAACGCUCCCGAGACUGCCGCCUGCAACAUCGAUAUUUUUGACGGAUUCGGGAACGCGGGUGUGUGCCAGCCAUCGGUUUACUCUUCAAGCGACUAUGACAACAAAUUCGCUGUCCCUCAUUUUGAUGACAUGAGCUCGGAUUCAAACAGUCCUAACGGGGCCCCUACGAGCAACAACGACAUGAACUCUCCGUUUGCCAGCUCCCCAGGCAUCGUGUCCCCGGGGAUGGAGUUGCCGCAUCGCUUGCAGACCGACUUUACCUCGAUGCCCGAAAUGGUCAUGAGCCCGAUAAGCCAUGCGCCGCCGCCUUCAUCCCUUGGCACCCCAGGGGGUUUGAAUGCUCAACAGCCCCAACACUCACAACACACACCAUUGUCGCCAUACGCGAAUUCUCCCCCUCAGAUGCAGGGUUUGAACGGCAACAACAUGAAUCCGCCGUCCAGCAUAAGCCUGUCAUCCCAGAUACACCUCAACCAGGGCAUAGGCAAUGGGAUGAACACGAGUCUGGCCCAGACAGUUGGCAGCAAUACCAUGAUGGCCAGAGGGCAUCCACCACAACGCUCCAACAGUUUUGCCAUGGGCUUGCCACAAGUUCGAACGGUCGGCGACUUUCAAGCCUUGCAACGAGCCAACACGGAUCUCAACACGAUGGGCUCGCUGGGCAUGAGUCCGUUAGGCCCAGACCUGGACUUCAACAACCUACCGAGGUAG